AUGACGAAAAUAGCUGAUAAUGUAAAUCCAAACGUUUAUGAAAAGGGUUCAGAGCGCGAAGUGACCAGUAGCGAGCGAGACGAAGAUGUUGUGGAUGAAAUAGAUAGUAGGGAGAUAUUUGAUCUUCUACGCAACAUCAACGAUCCCGAACAUCCCCUUACUCUAGAGGAGCUGCGGGUGAUUGAGGAGAGAAAUAUAUACGUCGAUAAUAAAGAUAAUUCGGUUAGAGUGUAUUUCACACCUACAAUCCCUCAUUGUAGUAUGGCAACGUUAAUAGGUCUAUCAAUCCGUGUUCUGCUUCUCCGAGCUCUGCCGAGUCGUUACAAAGUGACAGUAGAAGUGAGUGAAGGCACUCAUGUCUCCGAGCAUGCGGUGAACAAACAACUGGCUGACAAAGAACGAGUUGCUGCGGCCUUGGAGAACAAGAACUUGGUGCAAAUUAUCAACCAGUGUGUCGCUUGA